AUGGACGAUGAUCAGGAAAUUCUUACGUACUAUCAGCAAUUUGGUGUGAAGAAGAAGCCAAUUUACAUUAAUGUCAUCAGGGAUCCUAUUGAGAGGCUAGUUUCUUACUAUUACUUUCUGAGAUUUGGAGAUGAUUAUAGACCAGGGUUGAGGAGGCGAAAACAAGGAGAUAAAAAGACAUUUGAUGAAUGUGUAGCUGAGGGCGGCUCGGACUGUGCUCCAGAGAAGCUCUGGCUUCAAAUCCCGUUCUUCUGUGGCCACAGCUCGGAAUGCUGGAAUGUGGGAAGCAGGUGGGCUAUGGAUCAAGCCAAGUAUAACCUCAUUAAUGAAUACUUUCUGGUGGGAGUUACUGAAGAGCUGGAAGAUUUUAUCAUGUUAUUGGAGGCAGCUUUGCCCCGGUUCUUCAGGGGUGCUACCGAACUCUAUCGUACAGGAAAGAAAUCUCAUCUUAGGAAAACCACAGAGAAGAAACUCCCCACUAAACAGACCAUUGCAAAACUGCAGCAGUCUGACAUUUGGAAAAUGGAGAAUGAGUUCUAUGAAUUUGCACUAGAGCAGUUCCAAUUCAUCAGAGCCCAUGCUGUUCGAGAAAAAGAUGGAGACCUCUACAUCCUAGCACAAAACUUUUUCUACGAAAAGAUUUACCCUAAAUCAAACUAAGUAC